CGCGGAAAAACGUCCGUGACAGCCCACGCGACGUGUAUCAUAUACAACGUACAUACAUACGCAUACGUACGUACGUACGUGCGUUUCGACGAGGAAGACGACGGCGACUCCCCAUUAUCGCCAUCCAGUCACAACACGCGUUCGCGCGAGAUGAGCAUUAUUUGAUCGCAUGUUCGGCGCCAGCGCGUAAGAGGCUCCCGUAUACACAGACACUCGAAUAUAAACCCAUUGAAGCGAGAGGGAAAAAAGAUGUCGAAAGCCCCUGACAGACAGAGCUACGCACAAACCUACAAGCUCGUCGUCGUCGGUGGUGGUGGUGUCGGAAAAUCGGCGAUCACGAUACAGUUCAUUCAAAGUUUUUUUGUGACCGAUUAUGAUCCAACAAUCGAGGAUUCUUAUACAAAGCAGUGCGUCAUUGACGAUGUGCCAGCUAAACUUGACAUAUUGGACACUGCUGGUCAGGAAGAGUUUAGCGCAAUGCGUGAACAAUACAUGAGAAGCGGCGAGGGAUUUCUUCUCGUAUUCGCGGUCACCGAUCAUUCGUCUUUUGACGAAAUAUUAAAGUUUCACAGGCAAAUACUUCGGGUGAAAGAUCGAGACGAGUUUCCUAUGUUAAUGGUUGGAAACAAAGCAGAUUUGGACCAUCAAAGAAGCGUAUCAAUUGAAGAGGCACAAAGUAUAGCACGUCAAUUGAAAAUUCCAUACAUUGAGUGCAGUGCCAAGUUACGUAUGAACGUCGAUCAAGCUUUCCAUGAAUUGGUGCGAAUCGUCAGAAAGUUUCAAUUAUCGGAGCGGCCACCACUGAAACCAAAUUACAAAAAUAAGAAUAAUAAGAAGAAAUGUUGCAUGCUGUAAAAAAUCUAUCUAUCUUGACAGAUGAUUCAUACUAAUUCGAUCGGUGAGUUCUAAUUUCGAUUAGAAAGAAUGGUAAAUUCAAAAUGGCAGAGAGAUAUAAACUUUUAUAAUAUACUUUGUCGAAAAACUUUUUACACAUUUUACACAUGGUUAAUUAUAACCACGCAACAUACAAGUAACAUUAAAAUAAUGCAAAAUGUCUAAUGCAAGAAAAUUUAAGCGAGAAAUAAUUGAAUCAUAUAUGUAAAUUAUAAGAUAUUUUAAUUCCUUUAAUUUUAUUAUAUUUUUUGAAUUAGUAAUUUAUAGAAUUCAAUAGAAAGUGAUUUUUUUUUUUAUAUAUAACAGGAAAAUUUUUGUUUUGCACAAAUAGAAAUGAACAAUAUCCCAAUGACAAAAAAAUAAAUUAUUUUUUCAAUAAGUUUUACUAGAAACCGUUUACAAUAACUACUGAGUAGGUUGAAACAGUUUAUAACUCGAUUUACUAUUAUUAUUUGAAAUGCAAUAUAUUUGAAUUAAUAUAUUUUAGUAAUAUAUAGUACAAUGACGAUUGGAUUUGCUGAAAACCACACAUCAUUCAAUUGUACACAUCAAGUAUUUUCGGAUCUUUACAAAAUCAAAAUUUGCCUUCAUUGGAUCCUAAUUAUACAUUAGAUAUAUUUGAUACAUUUAAUAAUCUCGAAUAUAAUAGUGGAAUAUAAUUAUUCCGAAAAAUAAACAAAAAAAAUUUUAUUCUCUAUUGAAACAAAUUUGUACAAUAUACUUCUAUGACCAAUUUUAAAAUAUACGGGAUAUGUAAGAUAUAAAUAUACAGGAUUCAUACUGAAAUGUACAAUACAUUUCAUACUGAAAUGUAAAAUAUAUUUCUUCUUUUACUUUAUUAUUUUAACAAGAUGCUCUCGUAUGAAACAUUUGUUCAAUUUUUAUUACGCACAUGACCUGAUGAAUAUAAUGAUAUCAUUGGUACAUAUAACAUUAAAAAAAAAAAAUUAUUUUUAAUGUGAAAAUAGUUAACGAUUAAUAAUUUUAAAUGUUUUAAACACACUCUUUACUCUCUGCCACUCGUCGAAAGUAUUUUUGCUAUUAUUAGCAGUGUUCUAAUUCGUCUUCCUUUAGGUCGAGUCGUAAUGCCUAAUUGCGAAAAUCAAAAUGGCGUAGUGAUAUUGCCAAACAAACGAAUUGUCAAAUAUAAACAAUUUAUGUUUAUGAGUUAUGAAUUUAUAAAAAUUGUUCAAAUUGUUUAGAGUUAUCUCUAUAUAUUUACAUAUAGUACUAUAGUAGUUGAAAUUUUGUGCUAUUGUUGUUAUAAUGGAAUCAGAAUGGGGCCAAUAACAUUUUUAACAUAGAUGAAACUGUAAUUAACAAUAUCUAAACAGCGUAUACUCCACAAAUUCUGAUUAUGCUGUGUAACAUUUAAUAUUCUCAGUGGUUAAUACAAUCAGUGGAACUUCUUUGAAAUUACUCAUAUAUUAUAUAUAGUACAUGUAAAAAAAAAGGAUCAGUUUGUUCUAAUUUUUGAAACAAGAUUAACAGUUUACAUAUCUAUUUAUUUUAAUAUUUUCGUUAUAUCGAUAAUUAAACGUCUUCCAAUAUCCCUUAGAUGCAUAUAUCUUGUUCUAUGAUGUUAUUUCUAUUUUAUGAAAAUAAUUUCAAUAUAAAAUAAUAUUCUAAUUCUUUAUAACUUUCUAAUUGACAAAUAAUAGAAGCAUUCAAGUAAUUUCAUAACUUCUUUUCCGCUAACUGAAUUUAUUUCAAUGAUCUAUAUCUAUAUUGAAUGGUAAUUAUAUAAUAUGGUAUUUCUGAUUAAAAGCUGUAUUUGUGGAGAGAUGAUAAUGUGUUCAGAAAAACUCGGUUUCACCAGCAAUGAGAAAUAUUUUUAACUAUUUCAAAUAUUUUCACACAUCACAUUUUGUCAUAGUUCCAUUGUUGGUGAUACCGAUCACGAAACUACUAAUUAUAAAGCUAAUAAUAAUAUACUAGCUUUAAUAUAAUGUAGUUAAUAAUAAUAAUAAUAUACAAUCCAUAUAUAAGUUUACAAACAAUACGAUUAUACGAUACAAAUUUUCACAAAAAUCUUGCGACGAUAUAUCAUACUUAACAAUAAUUAAUUUAUAUACGAACGUAUAUUUUACAAAAUGUAGUUUGUAAUAAUUUGCAAAGCGACACGAACAGAAUAAAAAAAUUCCAUUUAUUUUUGUAACUGACUAUAUUUAUAUGUUUGUAAAAAAAAAGUCUAUAUAUAUGCAGACUGAUUUUUAGAUUCAAUCUAUGUUUGUUAAAUAACUUCUGUAAACCAAAUAAUAUGAAUAUAAAUUAACUGUUA